UCCCCCACCCCAUAUUACAGCAGGGGUGGGCAUUAUUUUGGCUUAAAGCGAUGGUUCGGAGUAGAAUCACCCUAAUGCCAUUUGAACCGUGACACCCAUCCACCUUUACACCCGAAAUGUUUUUUGCCGCAGGCUUACAUCAACAGAGUUGCCGUGUUAUUCGAUGUUUAUUCCGGAUAGCUUGACUGAAGCGCAUGGAUCCUGGGCACCGUCUCCAAACUUUCCCCACAAAAAUAACAUGUCAUGACACCAAACUUCUACAGUAUAACAAAUGUGGUUUGUACUCACAAAAAGAUGAAUUUGAAACUUUGUACAUAGUCCAGGAGUUUAUUAGUAACAACACACGAGACGAUUAGCUUUUCUGCUGCUAAACAUCCGUCGACGUCACUUCCUCCAGCUGGGACUUAGUUGAUGGAAACAACACGAGUCCGGAAGGCGGAAAACUCAAAAAGACAGCUUGCGCUACAACUAGAAAUUAACCACUUCGGAUUUAAAUUCUACCACGUUUAAUAAAUAGAAGACGAUGCCACACUCGUGCAUAUAUCCUGGCUGUGGACUAAAACACAAACCUUACAAUGAAGAAAGUUUCCAUGAACUGCCGUACAGACAUGAUGACCAGGAACUUCUACAGCGGUGGUUGACUGUUUUGAAUAUUGACAUUACGACGCCGGUCGAGACGCUGAAGGAAAAGCGCUAUCGUGUCUGUAGUAGACAUUUCGACAAGGACGAUUUCAUCCAACCUAGGACUGUCAAGGAGAACAGGGUGCAGCGAGUGAGAGUGCAGCUAAAAAAAUAUGCCAUUCCACGUCCACGAGUGGGGCCACCGGCGACAGGAACAGUGGAGGUGCCUGAUGCUGGUUCGUCCUCUCCUCUGUCGGUGUACUCCUCAACUGGUCCGUCCUCUCCAGUCCCCAUGCCAACCGUUGCUGCCAGCUAUGCUGAGAGCCUUCCAAGUCUCCCACUGGCCACAGUGAAGGAGGAAGGUGGCAGUGCAGCAGUGUGUGGAGCUGUUUGGAACUCACACACUCACACGGGAUCUAAUCACACUCCUCUUACACACAUCCAUGAAAGGGAACACUCGUACGCAGAGGGCAGAAGUACACCAUUCCUCCGCUCUGAGAAGAUUAGUUUGCAAGAGGAGGUGACUGUUCAAGUGUCCUGUCUGCUGCAGCUGUUUGACAGGUGUUUGGGCUGCAGUGCGGGGUCGUGUAGUGUAUUGACGCGGCGUGAUGGACGUGUUUUCCACGUGACACAACAGUGCUGGACCUGCCAGAUCAUCGUGGAAUGGGACAGUCACACAGCUGACUCAGGCACAGCCAACAAGCAACAGGAGGGAAGAGGAGAGGGAGGAGGAGAAAGAGGAGUGGUGGAAAUCAAGGAGGAAUGGGAGGAGAUCCAAGUCCAGGAGGAGGAGGAGGAGCAGCCCAGAGAGGAGCAGCCCGGGGAGGAGCAGCCCAGAGAGGAGCAGCGCGGGGCGGGCAGGAGGAAGCAGCGGAGGAGAGAGGAGAGAGUGGAGGAGGAGCAGACGCCCCUGGAGACUCUGGAUGAAGAUGAAGAGGACGAGGAUGCGGUCGAGGGAGAAGGCAUAUCGGGAAAGCAGCGAGGGAGGAAGAGGAGGAGGAAGAAGAUGAUGAGGAGGAUGAGAAUGCAGGAUAUCAAUGAACAGGACGAUGAUGACUAUGACGAGGAAGGGGAAGACAAUGACGAAGAGUAUGAUGAGGAAGAGGAGAAGGUGCAGUGGCUGGAGAAGGCCAAGAAGAGGAGAGAGGAGAUGGACCAGGACUGGGCUCCGGAAGACGACCAGAUGCUUCCGGAAUCGGAACGCCGUUCCUCCUGUUCUGAGGAGUAUGAUGAUGAUGAUGGUGUUGAUGAUGAAGAUUGGGAGCGUGAGCUGUGCUCGGAGUGCGGAAAAAAGUUCCGGAAUCGACCGGACAAACCGCACGUCUGCCUUCACAAAGCCAAACCAGUGGAAUGCCACAUAUGUGGCAAAAGAUGCCUCAACGAACAGGGUCUCAGUGUCCACAUAGCCCACUGCCAUGAACGAGGACCCCAGUGCAAGUACUGCAACACGACACUCAGGCAUCCUGCGAGACACAUUUGUGGGAAGGACCUUCCUAAGGACCCAGCUCAAGCACAGAGUCCUUCAUCAAGCCAUCUGCCCAAACAAGGCUUGGAUCUUCAUCUUCCAGAAGAUCCAUACAGUCCUGCAAGCCGUCUGCUUUCACAUGGGAUGGACGCUGUUAAAAAUCCAGCUUCAGCUCCAAGCCUGUUGUCGAACCUUCUGCCCAAACAUGGGGUGGCUCCACCUAAAGCUCUGUGCAGUCCUGCAAGCCGGCCCCUCACACAUGGCAUGGGCCCUCCUAAAGCUCCAGCUUCAGCGCCAAGCUCUCUGCCAAAAAGUCCGGCUCCAGUUCCAAGCCAUGUGCGCAGGAGGUGCGGCCGCCCGGCUAAAGCAGCAGCAACUACAGCUGCAAUAUCUCAGGCAAGCAGACGGGGCAGACACCCUGCUAAAGCCUCAGGCCCACCUCCAAACCAUGUGCCAAGACGGGGCAAAGGGCGUCCUCCUAAAGUCUUAACCAAAUACCCAUCCCCAACACCUGCCGAAGCUCCUCCCCAAACGCCUGCUCAAGCCCCUGUCCCAAGACCUUCCCUAGCUGAAACGUCUGCUGAAACCUCCACUCCACCUCCUACACCAGCUCUAUGUCCAGCUCCAGGUUCAGCUCCAAGCCGCCAAGCGAGGAGCGUGCGCGAGCGAAGGCGCCCUGCUAAAUUCUCAGACGGGGCCACACUUUCACCGAUUCUAGGCCCCAGGCAGCCAGGCAGUAGUAAAUGCUCCCGUGUCAGGCCACAGGUCCCAACACCUGUCCCUGUCCCUGCCUCUGAUUCAUCGUCAAGCUCUGCUGAUCCCACAGCUAAAGCUUCUACUCCUGCUGCUGAAGGGCGGACUGGCCAAAGCGCCGCUGUGAAAGCCUCAUGCUCGGCCACAGCCACCGCUCCGACCUCCAGCCCUGCAAAAGUUGUAGACCCAAAUCCAAGUCCUGCUGCAACCCCAGCCCCAGUCCCAGUUUCAACUCCUGGUCCUGCUACAGCCUCAGGGUCUCCUCCAGUCUCAAAUCCAAGUCUUUCUGAAACCUCAGACUCUGCUCCAAUCCUAAGUUCCACUACAGCUCAAGCUCCAUCUACAAGUCGUCCUGUAACCUUCAGUCAAGGCCCAUGCCCGUCCACAUCUCCAGCCGCAGCCUCAGCUGCAGUCCCAGCCACAGCUCCAUCCAUAUCCCCAUACCCAGCCUCAGCUGCAGUCCCAUCCACAGCUCCAUCCAUAUCCCCAUACCCAGCCUCAGCUGCAGUCCCAGCCACAGCUCCAUCCACAUCCCCAUACCCAGCCACAGCUCCAUCCACAUCCCCAUACCCAGCCACAGCUCCAUCCACAUCCCCAUACCCAGCCACAGCUCCAUCCAUAUCCCCAUACCCAGCCACAGCCGCAAGCCCUCUGGCAACCAGCGCUGUGCUCCGUACAUAUGGCAGGCACGCUUCCACAGCCAGAGACACAUCUUCUCCAGCUCCUGCACCGCAACACCAAGUCCCGGUUCCAACCCAAUCUCCAGCCACAGCCCCAUCUCCAUCCCUAGCCCCAGUCACAGCUACUGCCCCAUCCCUAGCUCUAGCCCGGCCAGCGCCAGCCCCAAAUCCUGCACUGCAGGACCAAGUGAAGGCCAUCACGUGUGUUCCGGUUCCCGUAGUGGAGAAGCUGUCGGCCGACUCUUAUUUUAAGACCACAAAGGGACGAAGGAAGUGCCGACUGUGCAGUCGGCAAACCAUCUACAAGUGCCGCUCAUGUAACGUGCCCCUUUGUAUCAUAGUUGACAGGCUGUGCUUCACCCAGUGGCACGACCAGGGCCAUAACCGCACGCAAAAGAUCAACCUGAAGCCUAUCCUGCCUACCCCAGACAUGGACCCUUAAAGGAACGCUGAGGAAAAGCUCCAGCACGAGGAGACGUCCCAUCGGGACGAGGAGGGCCCCAAGUACCGCUGCCGCGACUGUUCCGAGCGUUUCCAUAACU